AUGGAUGAGAAGGGGCAUUUGGACGGUUUUGAGCAUGAAAAGAAGCAGGAGGAUGAAAAGGAGAAUAAUGAGGAGGUUGACCAUGAAAAGGAGAAGAAGAACGAUGGGGGUCCUGAGAGAAUCGUCAAGUCAGAAAUUACUUGUCAGGCAGUCCUCGAGGAUAUACUGUCCCGCUUGUCUGUGACCUCUAUACUGAGGUUCCAGGUAGUAUGCAAGAGGUGGCUCUCCCUCACGAGAACACCUAGCUUUAGGAAGCUGCACAAUCAACACUUGGGUCUCCGGACAAGGCCCAAGUUUCACUUGCUGCUCACUGCAGUCUCUGAAUACCGACCAGCGAUGGUAUUUUGUCGCAUAGAGGUGGAUCCGGUAGAAAAUACAGCCCAAGCAGACGAAAUUAUGAUGGUUCCGCACAAUCUUGUUGGAGGAGUUGGAAGAGUAGAUGAAAGGUAUACGUUUCGUGAGGGUUUUGUUCGAUUUUACUCUCAAGCUGUAAACUGUUUCAUCUGUAGUUUUGGAUCCAAUGACGUGUCCUAUCGGGUGGAUAUAGUUAACCCAUAUACCCGAACCCUGAUCACCCUUCCGGAAGGUCCCCCACUGUAUGAGCUGUUCAUAGGUCCCAGGGAGUGUAUGGAAUCUGACAGAUUCCAACAAAAUGAAAUUGCAUUUCAUUUCGGAUAUGAUGUACACCACCAGCAAUACAAGGUAUUACAGGCCCAAUGGGCUUUUGAAAGGCCAUGGAGCUUCAUCAGGAGAAUGUCAUGGUUUGGUGGUCUCAAUUUCAAACUGGCCAUCUUUACUUUGGGCUCCAAAGAGUGGAGGGACAUCACCAACUCAGCUAAUCUCAAUUUGACCCCGAUGAUUUCGUAUGGUUUUCUGUCAAAUCUUUCAAACCAGACUUUAUUCGUCAAUGGGAGCUUCUACUGUCCAAUAGAUUUGCAAAAGUUUACUUGGUUGAGAUGGACGGUUGUGCAGCUGUAA